AUGUAUACCCCUUCGUCUUAUUCCUCCUCGCAAUCAGGCAAACCGCCUACUUGGCCAAUGGUUCCCCUGUCUGAACUCGAAGUCAAGAUUCCCGUUCGAACAUCGAGUCUAGGCCCAUUGCUUCCACCUGAGCCGCUCAUCUCUACACCAUCGCCAGAUCUGUCUAACCUAGGACGCUACAACGAUGGCACCAUCUCUCGCAAGCCGACAGUUCGUGGUAUCGCGACACCGACAGCUCGUAACACUGUAACUUUCCGCUCUCCUGACGUCUCUCCCAAGACUCAAUCGCCGCCCUCGUCUUCAUUGACAUCAACCGAAAAAGACAGAAAAAACCUCGAGCGUGCAGUCACUGGACUCCACGACCUAAUGGAAGAAGCCUUGACCGUCGCUCAUGAUGCAGCCCAGAACAACAGGUCCCAAGACGUCGCUCACAUCCUGGAUGAAGCCAAGAUUGCUCUUCGCAAGUCCAGCACUGUGCACAUGGCUCCGCCACUUCGCAUCGACGAUACCGAAAGCGACGAGUACUUCUCAUCCGAUGAGUAUGAUCAAGCUUCCGACUCUGACGCAGACAUCGAGUCCAACACUUCGUCCAUGCAGCCCAUGCCAAGAGCCUCCAAUGUCAGCGUACCCAUUGCUUACACCAAAAGCAAGAGUGGUCUGUCUUUGGAACAUGUUCCAGCUUCCUCAGCCCUCCCUGUUGCCCCUCGUUACUCGAUCAGAAAGCACUCUGUUGUGCAUCCCAUUGUCAAUCCACCAUUCGAGAAUGAGGGUAAACGUCCUGCAUCUCGGGAAGCAGCUGUUGGGCCCCAGUCUUCAGAGGACUUUUCCAUGACUCAGACUCCACCUCAGAUGUACUCCAAGCUGUCAACAAGCUCUGCCGCUCAUGAUUGGGCUUAUGUCAGGCGACCUUCGACUCGUCGUGACCUUCGAGGCGGUUCGGAACCUGGACCAGUGAGUCAAGAUGAGACAGUACUGCCACCGCCUACAGGAGAAAGCACUGGUGUCGUCUUGCCUCCGGUCAUCCCACAAGACGCAUCUGUGAAGACGCCGGAGCAGGUUCCACAUGAACCUCUUCGUCUCUCACUUCCUGAUGUACCAAAGAGAAGAUCGCUUCGACCUGUUCGGUCCGACCCUCAGCUAUCAAGCACACCUUCACCUCCGCCUCAGCCAGCGGUGUCAUACGCCGUCUACGAUCCGAGGCACUAUGUCACUCCAGACUACCCACCAGCUCAAUAUCAAGUUGCCAGCCCUCCAGCACCAGCCAAACGAUGGAAGCCAAAAGCUGGUGCAAGCCGUAUCUUCGAGUCGUCAUACUACCAUGUUCCAGAGCGCAGAGAAGUACCUGUGGCUCUUCCGGCAACAACACACCCUGCUUCAGCUGUCGCAACUAGCCAACCGGUUCUCUCUAGUCAACCCGCUCUACCUGCCCUAUCUGGUCAAGCACCACCAGCAGACGUUCCGUCUCCAGACCUGAGCUUGAAGCAUCCACGCAAGAACCAUAUCAGUCUGAAGGAUGAACAAGGAUUCCGCUUCCACAGGUGUCGCCGAUCACCCAUCGCCAGAGAGUGGAAGAUUGGCCGCAAGCGCAUCACUGCCGUCAUUGCUUGCCUCAACACCAUGCUUGUAGGACUGAUCGCUGGCAUUUAUGUAUGUUGCGUCUCUGAGAGUAUGUCACAACGACCGCUGAUUGAAAUCUACAGNGCUGGUGAAGUACCCAAGAUCCAGUACAAGCUAGGAGAUGAGCAUCACCAUGUGAUUNNUUUGGGAAACGUGCUCCUAUACAUCGGGAUGGGAAUUACCACUCUGCUCUUCUGGCCACUUCCACUUCUUCACGGCAGAAGACCUUAUACGUUGGCAGCGCUCACCAUCGCCAUACCACUUCAAUUCCCCCAAUCGAUUGCAACGGCAUUCAACACAGGUCCACAGCUGACCAGAGCUCUUGUUGGUUUACUGGUUCCGCGAUUCUUCCUCGGCUUUGUUCUUGGCUUUGCACACAUCAACUUCUUAUCGACCCUGCUGGAUCUGUUUGGUGCCUCGCUCCAAUCACGAAACCCGCAUCAAGAGAUUGUCGUUUACGAUGACGUUCGGCGACAAGGAGGAGGAAUGGGCAUCUGGCUGGGCCUUUGGUCGUGGUGCUUCGUCGGAUCUUUGGCUCUUGGAUUCCUCAUUGGCGCCUCGAUCACACAGAGCCUCGCUCCUGCCUGGGGGUUCUAUGUCGUUGUUAUUCUACUUUCGUUCUUCAUUCUGAUGAACGUCAUCGCACCAGAGACACGCCGUGCUCCAUAUCGCCGGUCAGUCCUGAAGUAUCUGGACGAAGAAGACAAGCUCAAGAAACGUGUAGCACGUGGUGAGGUCAAAUUGCAUCUUGACCAAGAUGGCCCCAAGUACUGGCACCAAGAGGUCUGGGCUGGUAUGAGACUCAUGGGUCAUAUGUUCUGCCAGUUUGGUUUCUUUGUGCUCGCUGUCUAUCUGGCUUGGAUCUAUGCAUUGGUCGUGCUCAUCACAUUGCUCCUGGGUGCACUGCUUUCUCGUAACUACGGAUGGCAACCGCAGUAUAUUGGGCUGGCUGUAUUUGCUGUUGCAGUAGGCGCAGCACUCGCUGUUCCAUUGACAAAGGCCAAUGUCUUUUCUCGCGACAGGGUUCAACCUAUGCGUACUGACAGUGGGACAUUUGAGCCACGUGUCACUUGGUCGUCCCAUCUGCUCAGACGAUGCUUGUUCACUUUUGCUUUGCCUAUCGCUGGGCUUGCAUAUGUUCUGGCGUCUCCUGGACGCAGCGUCAGACCGGCUGGACCCACUAUCCUAGCCGCCAUCAUCGGAUUCCUCUCAUGUCUUGCCGUCGCAGAGUGCAUUGGCUUAGCAAUGGAAGCAUUCGACACCAGCGAUCUCCAGCCCGGAGUCAACAGCAAGCACCGCCUGUCAAGUAUGGAGAGUGCCACACGUAGACGACGCACAAACUACUCUGCCUACCCACGUGUGUGUGCAGGUAUAUUCGCUGCUCAAGGCUUGGGAUUCUUCAUUGCAGCGGCCGCAACUGCUGUGAGUGGCACUGUGACGCGAGCUCUCGGAGCACAAGCGGCAACUGGAGUCGCCGUUGGCAUUCUGCUGGGACUGACAAUGUUGCUUUCACUCGUCAUGUGGCGCUUCAGGUCUGUUCAAGUUAUCCCGAAUGGUGCCUUUGGUUCUCGUGGAGGAGGCAGUAUGGAUGCAAAGGCAGAUCAGGACUGGAAGCCUGUGGUCAUUGGCAAUCCUUCUGGAAAGAUGAGACGGAUGAACUUGCUUGAGUACGGAUCCUGGAGCAGAUGGACCGAGAUUCGCAAGCUGAACAACUUGGUGACUGACAAGAGGCGAUAUGUGGGUUGA